AAAUCCGAGAUUUUUUAAACGAAUUUCUCAAUUUUGAAAAUGUCGAAAUCGCCAUGGGGGAACGUCGGCAACUGGGCGGCGGAAGCCGAGCGCGCCGAGGCCGAGGAGCGAGAAGCCGCGGCGGCGCAGCCGCCGCCAGUCAGCUUUCCCAGCCUGAAGGAAUCCGUCAGCACCGCCAAGCUGAAGAAGAAGACGAAAAUGAACCUGGCGGAGUUCAUGAUGCAACAGUCCACCGAUUCCGGCUCGCUCCGCCUCCCCACCGGCCCCAAGGAGAGGUCCCCCGACGAAAUGCAGCACGGGAGAUUAGGCGGCGGGUUUUCCAAUUACGGGUCGCGAACCGGAUCCUCGGGCCCUAAUUCGGGUCGGACAGGGAACUACGAGGGUCGGAGGUCUUACGGUUACGAAGACGAUGACCGGAGGGGGUCCCUCCCCCAAUCUAGGGUUUCUGAAUUCGAUCAACCCUCGCGAGCUGAUGAGGUUGACAAUUGGGCUUCGAUGAAGAGACAAACCCUACCCGACGAACGCGAUUCGCGUCAAGCCCGACCCGGGGGAAAGUACAGCUCACUCGGCGGUGGUGUGGGCUCCGGCGCUGCGUCACGGGCGGAUGAAGUAGACAAUUGGGCUUCUUCAAAGAAGCCCAUUUCACAUACACAGCCACAAACUAGAUCUUCCAGCUUCGUGUCGGGCUUCUCCAGGCCCGAUUCUGAUCGUUGGACUCGUAAUGAACCAGAGCAGAAAUUAUCUUCGAACCCUCCGAAAAAUGAGGUUGAAACGCCGGUGAAAGUGAAUAGACCGAAUCCAUUUGGGGUGGCAAGGCCAAGGGAAGAAGUGUUGGCGGAGAAAGGUUUGGAUUGGAAGAAGCUCGAUUUGGAUAUUGAAUCGAAGAAGCAGCAGAGUUCAGUUACUGGUGGGAGUAGUAGGCCCACAAGUUCUCAGUCAAGUAGGUCAGAGACCCCCAUGGGUGAAGUAACGGUGAAGCAAAAACCGAAAGUGAAUCCGUUUGGGGAUGCUAAGCCGAGAGAAGUUUUGCUGGAGGAGAAAGGCUUGGAUUGGAAGAAGAUCGAUCUUGAGUUGGAGCAUAAACGAGUUGAUAGGCCCGAGACAGAAGAAGAAAAGAACUUGAAGGAAGAAAUCGAACAUCUGAAAAAUGAACUGCAACAAAAAUCCGGCGAAGAACAAACCAGUGUGCAAGAUCUAAUACUUCAAAAACAGCAACAUUUGGAAGUUCUUGUUCAUCAGUUGGAUGACAAAGUUCGUUACAGUCAGAAAAUCUUUGAGAGGCAGAAUUCGAGACCUCCUUCUCGACCUGGAUCACAUGACGGGCCUAGAUCGGGCUUUCCCGAGAGACCUUCUUCCGGUCCCCGCCCGUAUGAAGAUCCUCGUUCGGGCUUUCAUGAGAGGCCCCGUUCUAGGCCCGGGGCCUACGAAGAGAAUAAUAGAUCUGUAUAUCCUCAGAGAUCUUCUAUUACACAUGGAGCGUAUCAAGAACAAUCGAGAGGUGGAAACUACAACGAGAGGCCUAGUUCACGAGGAAGUACGGAUUCCUGGACAAGAACAACAUUUGAAGGUGGCAACAGAGAUGUGGACAGGUCGGGGUCAAGGUGGUAAUUUUGUGGAUUCUCGAGGGUUAUUAUUCGAAAUAUCGUGUAUUUGUCCUCUGGCUAGUUAGAAUGCAGCAGUAUUUUGGCUCAACACUCAUUUUCUCAUAAUUUUGCUGUGAGGAAUGAACUAUAUAUGUUUAGUGCUGGCACAUACAACUAUUGCAUCUUCAUCAUUGUAUUGUAAAAUUCACCUUUUAAUUUAUUUAUUAUAUGUAAUUGGUUGGAUUAAUUAUUCAUAUUCUUGCUA